ACAUUUAGAUACUGUAUAUUUAUUCACAUUUUACGAUAUAUAGACUAUUCUAAUAAUCUAAUAGUACAAUAUACUACUCUUCAAUUUUUAACUUUUGAUACUUAUCUAUUUAAUUAAUCUAACCUUAACACUGUUAGCUCUAAUUUAAAAUAAACAAAUUAAACUGAACAAUAAAGAAAAAAAUUAUAAACCUAACAGUCAUCCCAUUACCCAACUCCGACUGCCACCCCGACCCCUAUCCACCUUUCACCGUUGACAACUCUCUCUCUUCCAUGAAUACAAAGACAUCGCCAGUUAGCAAGAAUACAAAGACAUGAACCAAAUCAUUUGGAUAGCAACUGGUCCUCUCACCGAUAUGCAUAUGGACCAGGACAUUCCAGUUUGUAGGUUAAAAUUGAAGGCCCCGUCAUAAUUGCUCAGUCAGGCAUCAAUUUAGACACAGGCACAGUUGCAAAUUCCUCAAACCCAAGCACAAUAAGGAAAAUAUAGAGGAUUGUGCAAAUGAUGCUUCACUAAAAUGAGAGAGAGAGAGAGAGAGAGAGAGAGAUGUUAAAGAGGAGGGGAGGUUGGCUUGGCUCUGAGGAGGGAAGGGAUUGCCGUGAAUUGGGGUGGGUCAUGGGUGGCUGAUGAUAGGUUUAUGGGUUUUCCUCUAUUUAUUUUUAUUAUAAAAAAAAUACAUUAUUUAUCAUUUUAAAAACAAAAUAAUAAUUAGAGUUAACAGUGUUAGGGUUAAAGUUAAUUAAAUAGAUAGGUGUCAAAAGUUAAAAAUUGAAGUGUCGUAUUUUAGACCAUUAAAUUAUUAGAAUGGUCUAGAUAUCACGAAAUGCGGGUAAAUGCACAACUUCUAAAUAUAGAACCUUGGGAUCCGUGAAUAAAAUAUUACUUAGUUGUGUAUGCAUUUAUGGUUGUUCAAACCUAGUUCAUAAUCUAAACUUUGAUUAGUGGUAAAAGAUGCACUAAAUCAGGAUUUGUAGUUGAUUGUCAUAUUUAUUUUAGAGGGAAAAAUGAGUAAUAAAAAAGAUAAUGCUUGCCUCAUUUUUGCGAACUAUAGUUUGACACAUAUAAAAAUAAUUCAUCAAAAACUCAACUAAAACAAAAAACAAAAAAAACUCAUGCACACAUGUCACACUAUUAUUAACGGGAGGGAAGUAUUUUCUUAAUAAAAAUGAGAUAACUCAUUUUAAAAGGGGACUUGAUACAUAUAAAGACACCCCAAAUAUGUUGAAAUCACCCCCUUCAAAAUUUCUCCUUUAAAAUUCCACUUAUUUUGGAGACACGAUAUGUGGCUAUUUAUAUGUGCUUUUCAGGCUUGAUCAUUCCAAUCAACCCAAAAAGCCUAGCUAGCCAGCUGGGCAGUGGAAAUGGCUGAACUUGCCCUUCAACAAGCAUCUGUGCUAGUUGAGAAGCUCAUCCAAGAAUUCAACCGUCCAAGCGAGGCCAAUGUUGAUCUUGCAAAGGCCCAAAAAAUGUUGACGAUGAUGAGAGCCUAUCUUGCGGACCACUUAUCAGACCAGAUUGGCUCCCAAGUAAUUCAAAAUCGUGCAAAAGAGAUCAAGGAUAUAAUUUACGAUACUGAAGAUGCUCUUGCGAAGUUUAGCGCUGAGAUUCCACAUCACGUCCAUUCCAAUAUAUUCUCUCGGACGGGGCACCAAGUUAAACAUUCUUUCUCUGUAUGGAAAGCAAGCAGAAAUUUGAUAAGAACCCUCAAAGAAAUCGAAAGCACUUUUGGUUCACUACAAGCACUCGACCCACCAAAUUCCAACCCAAGAGUUGAAGAAACUUAUAAUAAUUUGGUUUAUAACCAAGUUGUUAAGGAAGAAGACAUUGUGGGCUUUGAGGAACCUAAAGAAAAACUCAUCAAACAGUUGAUGGAAGGAGAUACGAUGGAAGGGGAUACUUCAAGGCCUUUGCAGAUUUGGAUUGUGGGUCCUAGCGGCUCAGGCAAAACCACCCUUGUAAAGAUUGUUUAUGAGAGCAAAAGGGUGCAACGAUUCUUUGAUUGCCAUGCUUUCGUUGAUGUUCCGCGCACCUUUGAUUGCCGAAAGCUCUUGCUAAGCAUGUUGAGCAAAUUUGAGGACCGAAUGCAAGAACCAGUUGUACUUCAUCAUCAGCAUCAUUAUGAAGAAAUAGAUCCGGGGCAAAAAUUGAAACAACUUCUGAGGCAAACGAAGUAUCUGGUCGUUUUAGAUAAUGUUUGGAGAGGACAUAAUUUUGGAUGCAUUGUAAAUGCUCUGCCAGAAGGUUUGCCUGGGAGUAAAAUAAUCAUAACUACUCGAGACUCUAAUUUGUCUUCUCUGCAUGCAAAUUCUGCCGAGUAUAUUCAUGAUUUGAGCCAAGUGUUAUCAUGGAAAGAUGUCAACAAACUUUUCUGCAAGAAGGCAUUUCGGCCAAAUUCGGGCGAAUGUCCAAAGGAACUUCAGGCCUGGGGAGAAAAAAUCCUCAAGAGGUGUGAAUUCUUGCCCAUUGCAGUUUCAGCGGUGGCUAGUUCGCUAUCAAAGAAGCCUCAAACUCCAAUCGCGUGGGAGAAGUUCCAUGACAGUCUUGGCUCAGAUCUUCCGAUUGUUAAACAAGUUUGGGAUCCAAGUUACAGAGACCUUCCUAUGGAACUCCAAAGUUGUUUCUUGUACUUCAGCUUGUUUCCUGAAGACUACUCCAUCAAGCGUGAGAGGCUUAUUCGCUUGUGGGUAGCUGAAGGAUUUGUGACCCCAAAAGGAAGGAAAACAAAGGAGGAGGUUGCAGAUGGUUAUCUGAAUGAACUCAUUGGAAGAUAUUUGGUUCAUGUGAGUUCAAGGGAGAUUGAUGGGCAAGUAAGGACGUGCCGUGUUUUGAACCUUGUUCGCGAGUUCAUCAUUUCAAAUGCAGAUGACGUCCUCAUCUUGGAAUCAAAUAGCCCUAGUAGUAGUACUUAUUCAGGUCAGAAAUUUCGACACCUUUCUGCUCAUUAUGUUCCUAUCAGCAAUUUGUCAAGACGGGUUAGAGACUUGAAUCGAACACGUACGUUACUAGUGUUUGGCCCUUCCCAGCAGGCAGUGGUUUCCUCGGACGAUUAUGAGCUUGGAAAAGUACUUAAAACUCUUGUCAAUUUAAGGGUUUUAGAUUUCAAAGGUGUACGUUUGGAGGACUUCCCUGAAUCUAUUGUUAGUCUCUCUCUCUUAAAGUACAUAAGUAUGAGGAAAACCAAAAUUAAAUCAGUUCCAAGUUCCAUAAAGAAGCUUUCACAGUUAGAAACGUUAGAUCUCAAGCGAACCCAGGUGAUCGAAUUACCAAAAGAAAUCUACGAGCUCCACAAUAUGCGCCAUCUUUUGGUCAGUCGCGGUUGUGAUCAAGAUGACGAUGGACCUACCCAAGGAGUGGGAGUGGUUUCCUCAGGCAACAUCGGAGCUUUACCCGAAUUACAGAAGCUGUCACUAAUUAAGGUGGGGAACAACAGAACAAUCCUAAAAAACUUAGCAGAGUUAACUGGUCUUAGAAAGUUGGGGCUGACAGAUCUCAGAGCAGAACAUGCAACAGAGUUGUGCUGCGCGGUUGAGAAAAUGGUGCACCUUUCGACGCUUGAAGUGAGAUCAACAAAUGAGGAUGAGUAUCUUGAUUUGGAUCAUAUUAGAUCCCCUCCUCGCUCUCUGCAACGACUCUGUUUGGCAGGGCGCCUCAUAAGUUUACCGCAGUGGUUUCCUCAACUUGAAAGUGUUGUGAAGAUUAGCUUGAAGCGAUCAAAACUGGAUCCUGAUGCCAACCCACUUGAGGCCCUUCAAGCUUUGCCUAAUCUAAUGGAGCUCAAUUUGGUUGACUAUUAUACCGGGGAGAAGUUAGAAUUUCAAGUGGAAACGUUCCAGAAGCUAAAGAUAUUACGCAUCCAACAACUUGAUCAACUAAAUUUUAUGAUAGUCGAGAAUGGGGCAAUGCCUGUGCUUAAGAAGCUAACCAUGUCCAAAUGUGAGAAUCUGAGGUUACUUCUUGGCAUAGAGGGUCUUACGAAACUAGAGGAAUUCUGUGUCCAUGACAUGCAUACUGAAUUCCGAAGUCUUUAUGGUAUGUAGUGGCAUGUUUAUGUAGAAUAAGAUGUGUGGGGUAGUGGGGUAAUUCAACUGAGCUCUAUGUAUUUGAUAGUUGUAUCGUCUUUGUUCUUUUGGGUGGAUGCCUCCUUAGCUGGGUUUACUUCUGGAAAAGGAGUUGUAGUUUUUUCCCCUUUUUUUUUUUUUUUUUUUUUGGAGUUUUAGGAGGUGCAGUGAUACUCUUUUUCCUUGACCGGAUUUUCCUCAUUUUGAGGUUUUUUAAGGCAAGGUUUUAACGAGGUCACGUUUAUAUGCUCUCUAGCUUUUACAGUUGCUUCAAUGUAUGUUUUUAAAGUUGAAUAAAGUUGUUCUCUUAUAAACAUAUAUCAAAAAUAAAAAUAAAAAGUCACUCCGUUCAUUAUUUCCAA